AUGCGGCAACAGUUGGCAGCCCAGACUGACGAUAUCGACCAAGCCCGGCUGCAGCACGCUGUCACGCGGGCGGAUACCCUGUUUGCCCAACACGUAGCCCUGGACGGUACCAAGGCCGUUGAGCGUCACCGCUUAGCAGCCCGGAAGACCGGCCUUCAACACCGCUACGUCACCACCAAACAACACGGGGUGUACAAAGCCAUCAGGGAAACCCCGGACAUCCGCCUCUCCAAGCCGCGGCGUCAGCGACGGAGCGGCCAACACACCGUCCCCGUCAACAACCCGCACCGCCGUCCUGUUAACCGGGUCCCCAAACCUGCCCCUGCCCCUGCCCCAGUGGUCCACAACGCCAACUGGCGCAAGCAGCACCGCACCGACACUCCCAGGCCCCCAGGCUUCGGAGGCAACCGACGUGUGCACUUUGCCCCCGCGGCAAGAAGGCUGCAUCAGGGCCCGGCGUACCACAACCCGUUUGUCUUCACCCGACUGGAUAACAAUAACCUGGCGUACAAAGGCCACUACCAACUGGCCCCUUAUCGCCCGCCGCAGCUGUUUCCCAAGUACGCGCCGCACCCUCAGCCGUACCAGCCACAUCACCAGAAGCAUUACAAGGGCCUUCCCUGGAAGACAAAGACCUACAACUACUACGAACCCCUACUUCAGGGAUAA